AGCUCCUUCCUAGUUUCCAGCUGCGCUGAAUGCAAGGAUUGCUCGGUUCGGGGACCGUUUGCCGGGCGCAGGCCCGGGCGAUGCGAGUUUGCCAUGCAGUCUCCCGUACAGAGCUGCGUGGUGGCGCUCCUCGUUCUGGGGCUCUGUAACGCUAGAAAGGGGGACCCCAACAGGUCCCGCAAUGUCCUGCUGAUUGUAGCGGACGAUGGUGGUUUUGAGAGCGGUGUGUAUAACAACACAGUCAUAAAGACUCCAAACCUGGAUGGUUUGGCCCAGCGGAGCUUGAUCUUCCAGAAUGCCUUCACUUCUGUCAGCAGCUGCUCCCCCAGUCGGGCCAGCCUCUUGACGGGCCUGCCUCAGCACCAGAAUGGGAUGUACGGAUUGCACCAAGAUGUGCACCACUUCAACUCCUUUGAUAGUGUCCGGAGCCUCCCCUUAUUGCUUAACCAGGCUGGGAUACGGACAGGAAUUAUUGGCAAGAAGCACGUUGGGCCAGAGGCUGUGUAUCCAUUUGACUUUGCCUACACUGAGGAAAACAGUUCUGUCCUGCAAGUGGGCAGAAACAUCACCCGAAUCAAAGUGCUUGUUCGGAAAUUCCUCCAGACUGUGGAUGAAAAGCCUUUUUUCCUUUAUGUCGCUUUCCAUGAUCCCCAUCGCUGUGGUCAUUCCCAGCCGCAGUAUGGAGCCUUCUGUGAGAAAUUUGGCAAUGGGGAGCCUGGAAUGGGCUGGAUCCCUGACUGGAAACCUGAGCUCUACCAUCCAGAUCAAGUGCAGGUCCCUUAUUUUGUACAAGACACCCCAGCUGCUCGUGAAGAUUUGGCAGCUCAAUAUACAACUGUCGGGCGCAUGGAUCAAGGCCUUGGUCUUAUCCUGGAGGAACUCCGCCAUGCAGGGUUCCACAACAGCACUCUUGUGAUCUAUACAUCAGACAACGGCAUCCCCUUUCCCAGUGGCAGAACCAACCUGUACUGGCCAGGCACAGCUGAGCCCCUCCUGGUCUCAUCUCCUGAGCAUCCUUCACGUUGGGGCCAGGUCAGCAGUGCCUACGUCAGCCUCCUGGAUAUCACUCCCACCAUUCUGGACUGGUUCUCCGUGCCAUAUCCCAGUUACAGUCUGUUUGGGAAGCAGAUAGUGCAACUCACCGGGAAGUCUCUGCUGUCAGCAUUAUCACUGGAGCCAAAAUGGAGAACUGUGUUUGCCAGCCAAAGCCUGCAUGAGGUCACCAUGCACUAUCCCAUGCGAGCUGUGCAGCAUGGCGCCCUGCAUUUCAUUCACAAUCUACAGAACCGAACCUCCUUUCCCAUUGAUCAAGAUUUCUACGUUUCACCUACAUUCCAGGACCUGCUAAGCAGAACUCAGGCAGGGCAACCUACUCAUUGGAAUAAGACUUUGCGUAGCUACUAUUAUCGGGAUCGCUGGGAACUGUAUGAUCACAGCACCGAUCCUACGGAAAGCCACAAUGUGGCUUCUGAUCCCCGCUACGCACAGGCUCUUGAAGAGCUGCAGGGGCUGCUGUUGAAAUGGCAGUGGGAGACCAGUGACCCCUGGGUAUGUGCUCCUGAUGGGGUCUUGGAGGAUAAGCCUGUCCCCAAGUGUUGGCCACUCCAUAAUGAGCUGUGAUUUUCUUUUUUGCCUCCCUGUUUUGGUGGCGGUUACUCAUCAUCAGUCUGCAACAAGAAAAGAUCAAGCGGGUGCUGAUGCAACCAAUCCAAUUUGCAGAAUUAAAUAACUACUGAAGUUGCACCCGAGAGAAGAUUUGGAGUAAAAUGCAAGGAAGUGUUUGCCUCCUAUACAAAAAUGAAGUUCUGCCAUAUUUUUUAACAUUUGCUGCCAUAAGAAUGCCACAAGCAUCUUCCAGAUGGAUGACCACACUUGUCAUCCUUCCUUGUAAGAAUGGCUAAUGGUCACACACUGCGAAUGUGAUGGAAAGUUGUAGUCCAAAUUAAAAUAACUGGAGAAUCCUGGUUUAAGAGAUGACUUGAUCACUACUAUACGUAUCCUCACCCAAAUUGUGGUCCCACAAGAAUAUAGGUGGGCUGGUCCCAUCUCAGUUGUUACACAUAGAGCAGGGAUAGAAACUGGCUAAGUUUAAAACCAGUUUAAAGAGUAGAAAUGAUUUAGAUUCUGUAGCCUACACAUUUCAUCAUCAUUCUUCCACAGAAUACUGAGAUGACUAGAAACAGCUUUUGGUUUGCCUGCUGGGAUGGUAUAGAUCUGCCAAGCAGUUGCUAGUUCUCCAGAAUAUGCAUAAUAUGGCUAAAGCCUGCUUUUAUAAAAUA